AUUUUACACUACAUCGCAAAAUCAACACAAAAUAAAAUCACUUCUAAACAUUUUGCGGGUUUGCGUUCAUUGUGUGUUGUGUAUUGCUACAGAAACAAUGAUGCGUAAGCGUGAGUGUAUAUAAAGUGUAAUAAAGGAUUCAUCUAAACAAUAGGAAGUGAUUAGGAGAGCAUUUUAAUGCGUUGAUCAGAAUGUAGCACCUAAUCAAGUUCCACAGUGUGAACCUAAUUAUUAAAAAAUAUAGUAUUGAUCUUUUUUGUACAGGACUAAAUAAAUAUAAACUGUUUAAAAAUGUCUGUGGUUAAAGGAAAGUUAGUGAAAAUGGAAGUAAUUCAAGUAGGUGAAUACGAAUUCACCAAACAAGAUAUAAUAGGACACGGAGCCUUCGCGAUGGUUUACAAAGGAAGGAAGAGAAAGAACCCAUCGCAAUCCGUGGCCGUAAAAGUGGUAACGAAGAAAGGAAUUCAAAAGGCUUCAGAGAUUCUCGUGAAAGAGAUCAAAAUCCUACGAGAGCUCACAGCACUGCAUCACACAAACCUCGUGGCCAUGCACGAUUGCAUGGACAGCCCCGCUUACGUGUAUGUCGUCAUGGAGUAUUGCAACGGUGGCGACCUGGCAGAUUACCUGCAGGCCAACCGGCUGCUGAGCGAGGGCACCAUCCGGCUGUUCCUGCGGCAGCUGGCCGAGGCCAUGCGCGCCAUCCACGCCAAGGGCAUCGUGCACCGUGAUCUCAAGCCUCAAAAUAUACUUCUCACACACAACGUUGCGCCGCCCCGCACACCGCAUCCCUCCGAAAUUACUCUUAAAAUUGCCGACUUCGGGUUCGCGAGGUUCUUAGAGGAAGGCAACAUGGCGGUCACGCUCUGCGGGUCACCGAUGUACAUGGCGCCAGAAGUAAUCAUGUCGCUGAAAUACGACGCUAAAGCAGACCUGUGGAGCCUGGGCACCAUCGUGUACCAGUGCCUCACGGGCAAGGCGCCCUUCCAGGCGACCACGCCGCACGAACUCAAGGCCUUCUACGAGAACAGCAUGGAUCUGCAACCCAAGAUGCCCGCGGGCACUAGUCCAGAACUCUGCAACCUGCUGAUCGGUCUGCUGCGGCGAAGCCCGCGCGAGCGCAUGCCGUUUGAAGCUUUCUUCAACCACCCCUUCCACCAACGGCCGAGGACCACCUCCUAUACGAGUUUGGAUUCGGACCUGCCUGACAUUAUGGAGAGCGAGUUAGAGGCCCCGGCAGGGGGCGAGUGUUGCCUAGAGGAGUCAUUGGACUGCCAGGCCGCAGCGGGCGCCGCGGCGCGCACGCCGCCCGCGCCGCGCGCGCAGCAGCCGCCGCCGCAACUGCUAACACUCGCUGCGAAUAAUACUAAGAAGCCGACGUCCUCCGCCGAGUCGUCCGACACGACCUGGGCGGGCGAGGACGACUUCGUGCUGGUGGAGGCGGACAGCGGGUCGGGCGAGUGCUCCGCGUCGUCGGGCUCGGAGGCCGCGCCGCGCCCGCGCACGCUCACGCUGCCCGCGCCGCCGCAGCAGGACCCGCCGCAACCGGCUAAGGUACCUACCAUCAUACAGACACGACUCGUGCUGGUGGAGGCGGACAGCGGGUCGGGCGAGUGCUCCGCGUCGUCGGGCUCGGAGGCCGCGCCGCGCCCGCGCACGCUCACGCUGCCCGCGCCGCCGCAGCAGGACCCGCCGCAACCGGCUAAGGUACCUACCAUCAUACAGACACGACUCGUGCUGGUGGAGGCGGACAGCGGGUCGGGCGAGUGCUCCGCGUCGUCGGGCUCGGAGGCCGCGCCGCGCCCGCGCACGCUCACGCUGCCCGCGCCGCCGCAGCAGGACCCGCCGCAACCGGCUAAGGUACCUACCAUCAUACAGACACGACUCGUGCUGGUGGAGGCGGACAGCGGGUCGGGCGAGUGCUCCGCGUCGUCGGGCUCGGAGGCCGCGCCGCGCCCGCGCACGCUCACGCUGCCCGCGCCGCCGCAGCAGGACCCGCCGCAACCGGCUAAGGUACCUACCAUCAUACAGACACGACUCGUGCUGGUGGAGGCGGACAGCGGGUCGGGCGAGUGCUCCGCGUCGUCGGGCUCGGAGGCCGCGCCGCGCCCGCGCACGCUCACGCUGCCCGCGCCGCCGCAGCAGGACCCGCCGCAACCGGCUAAGGUACCUACCAUCAUACAGACACGACUCGUGCUGGUGGAGGCGGACAGCGGGUCGGGCGAGUGCUCCGCGUCGUCGGGCUCGGAGGCCGCGCCGCGCCCGCGCACGCUCACGCUGCCCGCGCCGCCGCAGCAGGACCCGCCGCAACCGGCUAAGGUACCUACCAUCAUACAGACACGACUCGUGCUGGUGGAGGCGGACAGCGGGUCGGGCGAGUGCUCCGCGUCGUCGGGCUCGGAGGCCGCGCCGCGCCCGCGCACGCUCACGCUGCCCGCGCCGCCGCAGCAGGACCCGCCGCAACCGGCUAAGGUACCUACCAUCAUACAGACACGACUCGUGCUGGUGGAGGCGGACAGCGGGUCGGGCGAGUGCUCCGCGUCGUCGGGCUCGGAGGCCGCGCCGCGCCCGCGCACGCUCACGCUGCCCGCGCCGCCGCAGCAGGACCCGCCGCAACCGGCUAAGGUACCUACCAUCAUACAGACACGACUCGUGCUGGUGGAGGCGGACAGCGGGUCGGGCGAGUGCUCCGCGUCGUCGGGCUCGGAGGCCGCGCCGCGCCCGCGCACGCUCACGCUGCCCGCGCCGCCGCAGCAGGACCCGCCGCAACCGGCUAAGGUACCUACCAUCAUACAGACACGACUCGUGCUGGUGGAGGCGGACAGCGGGUCGGGCGAGUGCUCCGCGUCGUCGGGCUCGGAGGCCGCGCCGCGCCCGCGCACGCUCACGCUGCCCGCGCCGCCGCAGCAGGACCCGCCGCAACCGGCUAAGCACCCGACGCCGUCCACCGCGAGCAUCCAGCGCUCGCAGCCGAUCACCAUGCUGCGCUCCAACCACUCCCGGAACCCCACCAACCCCAUCGGAUCCCUCUCCCCGCCCACUUUCACGAUGGGCACGCCACUGUCGACGCGGCGGCGCAGCGCGUCGGGCAGCUCGCCGCCGCCGUCGCUGUGGCAGGUGUCGCCCACCAACAACAGCCCGCUGCGCAGAUCCGGCUCGUCUCCGCCGGUGCCGCUGGCGCUGAAGGGCUCGGGCUGUGGGUCGCCGAAGCGCGCGGCCACGCUGCCCGACGCGCUGCUGCGCGGCCUCAAGAUGCACAGCGCGCACGACCCGCCCGUCUACAUACCCAACCUGCAGGAGGAGACCAUCCUGGCCGAGGAGCACAGCAAAGUGUUCUCGCAGCUGAACUUCGUGCUGAUGCUGGGCGAGCUGCUCGCCGACCUCGCCGUCUCCUGCGGCGCGCCGCUCGCCGCGCUCAUGGACGCCUCCGACGAGCGCUCCAACGAGAGCGUGCGACUGGGGCUGCUGGUGCAGGCCAUGCAGGCGCUGGCGGCGGGGCUGCGCCUGGCCGCCGCGCACUACCGCGAGCGCACGCUGCAGCCCACGCCGCAAGUGCGCAACGGUGGGUACUGUCGUUACAGAGCGGCGACUGGGGCUGCUGGUGCAGGCCAUGCAGGCGCUGGCGGCGGGGCUGCGCCUGGCCGCCGCGCACUACCGCGAGCGCACGCUGCAGCCCACGCCGCAAGUGCGCAACGGUGGGUACUGUCGUUACAGAGCGGCGACUGGGGCUGCUGGUGCAGGCCAUGCAGGCGCUGGCGGCGGGGCUGCGCCUGGCCGCCGCGCACUACCGCGAGCGCACGCUGCAGCCCACGCCGCAAGUGCGCAACGGUGGGUACUGUCGUUACAGAGCGGCGACUGGGGCUGCUGGUGCAGGCCAUGCAGGCGCUGGCGGCGGGGCUGCGCCUGGCCGCCGCGCACUACCGCGAGCGCACGCUGCAGCCCACGCCGCAAGUGCGCAACGGUGGGUACUGUCGUUACAGAGCGGCGACUGGGGCUGCUGGUGCAGGCCAUGCAGGCGCUGGCGGCGGGGCUGCGCCUGGCCGCCGCGCACUACCGCGAGCGCACGCUGCAGCCCACGCCGCAAGUGCGCAACGGUGGGUACUGUCGUUACAGAGCGGCGACUGGGGCUGCUGGUGCAGGCCAUGCAGGCGCUGGCGGCGGGGCUGCGCCUGGCCGCCGCGCACUACCGCGAGCGCACGCUGCAGCCCACGCCGCAAGUGCGCAACGGUGGGUACUGUCGUUACAGAGCGGCGACUGGGGCUGCUGGUGCAGGCCAUGCAGGCGCUGGCGGCGGGGCUGCGCCUGGCCGCCGCGCACUACCGCGAGCGCACGCUGCAGCCCACGCCGCAAGUGCGCAACGGUGGGUACUGUCGUUACAGAGCGGCGACUGGGGCUGCUGGUGCAGGCCAUGCAGGCGCUGGCGGCGGGGCUGCGCCUGGCCGCCGCGCACUACCGCGAGCGCACGCUGCAGCCCACGCCGCAAGUGCGCAACGUGGUCUCCCUGAUGAACGGAAAGUACAAAUGGAUCGUGAACGAGUCGCGACGACUCCACGAGGCGGGCGUCACCCCCGCGGUCUGUGAUAAAAUACUCUACGAGCACGCCAUCGAGCUAUGUCAGAUGGCUGCCAUCGAGGAGCUGUUCGGCGACAUGAAGGAGUGCGAGCGGCGCUACAUGUCCGCGCAGGUGCUGCUGCACUCGCUCGUGCAGCGCCACCCGCUCCACCCGCACCAUCGCACCACGCUCUCCAAGU